UUCCCUAUGCUAGUGUAAUGACGAUUUAUAAACUCGCUUGGCUCACAGCUGAAAAUCGGACAUAUUAGUCCAGUGAGAUACGUCGCGUUGUACGCACAUAAUAGUGUUUUCGUUUGCUGCUAUCGGUUCAGAUUUUAAUUUAAAAACAGUUCAUGGUUUUCCGGUGGAAACACAUAGGUUAAUUUUAUAUGUAUUCUGACGACUGUGGUGCAACCGUAUCAGCGCAUAGAGCACAGAAACAAGUGAAUGUAUUGUUAUUUAGAUUUGUCGUUUGCAAACUGUAUCUGCUGUUGCCAGUUGCCAUUCGAAGGGAGCCGGUAACUUUUGGUUUGGUGUUUCUAUUUCCCUGUGCUCAGUUCAAAUGAAUAAGAGAUUCGGAGUUUAUUUUUAGCGAAGCGGGCAGUGUUUGUGAUCUGGAAAGUUAUUCAAUCGCAUUGCGAAGUAGGCCGAAUGGCUGUCUAUUAUAUUUAUCAAGACGCGCCAUAACACACCAGAGCCAACAAAGGAGUUAUCUACUAGUGUUUGAUUUAAUAGAAUAUAAACAAGUGUCUUUCUAUCAGUGAUCCUGCCACUGCCUGGGCACAUAUUGGUGGUUGAAUAGUGAUAAGAAGCCAAAAAUAUUUCUUCAACUUUUUAUCGCGUGUUGUGUUUAGUUAUUGGUUUCGCUUGUUUGAAGUGCAUUGUUAGCUGUGACGCCAUACAUAAAUUACAUGAAAUAACGAUCAUUUAUGAUAUAUAGAUAAAACAUAUCCCUGAUCCUUACUACUCAGUGAUGGAAUCGCUAGCACCAACAAGAAACAUGCCACCCCCUCCUCCUCCACCAAAACCGCACAAGUCACCUACGUUGAAUGGAUCUAGUGAAGGACAUAUAUACCAAAACAACAACAACGAACCGAUUGAGAAUGGAGCUAGAAGCGUUUCCACAAUUCCUUUCGGUGUCAGUAGUCCACUGCUUCCACCUGAGGAUGAACAAGUAGUGAUGACUCCGCGAGGAAAGACCGCUAACUCGACAGUUUUACUUAUUGAGCGCAAGCUGGUGCAGCAAAUCGGCGAGAGAACACACGUAGCAGGUGGUGACCAUCGAGGUAUCAUCAUAAAUAAAGAUGCUAAUACAGAUCACAGGCUAGAGCGCAGCCCACCACAGCUGAGUUUAGAAUUUCGCGUGUUUCUAGUCAGUGCCAACACAGGUCAACAUUCACAAGAAUCGCGAAAAAUACGCUUCUGGUUUCGUAACUGGCUCCAAGAUGGUGAUAUACAAGCGCACGUGGCACAGGAUUUCUUUCGUGAAUUAGUUAGUCCUAAAGAAUUUCCUCGAGAUUAUGUUGGAUUCAUCAAGAAAAUUAUGAAGCAACUCCAAAAGGGGUACAACGAAAUCCAAGCUAUUGAGGUGGAACUCAGGAUUCUUGAACAAACGUCUGCACCCCCUUCUCGUCCACUAUCAUUUGAAGACUCGCAAUUUGAGAUAAUUCCUCUUACCCCUGACAAGGUUCUUGAAAUGAUCGAGCAAGCGUAUCCUAAUCCGAUCACAGCAGAGGAUUUGGCGAAGGACAAUGGUUGGGAGGAGGAAGAGGUAUUACAGAUUAUGCUGCUUUUGAAAGAUCGCGGCCUAAUUAAAUCGAUGGAAUUCAACUCGUUUACUCGUAUACAUCAUGACGACAAAGAAAUCAAGAUUGUCAAACAAAUGCCAACGAUUGCUUCGAAUAAACAACCAACUAUUGCCAUCAUUACUGCGCAAUAUUGCGAGAAACUAGCGGUCGAUGCGAUGCUAGAAAAUAAAGAAACCUUCGUUCGUUACACUACUGUAGGCGAAUCCAACGUUUACACUUUGGGCAACAUAGGAGCACAUCGCAUCGUUAGCACUAAACUACCCUCAGUAGGAAGCUCUAGAGAGGCAAUGACUGCGGCCGGAAAUACAACUACUCGGUUGUUGGGGACAUUCCAGAAAGUGGAUUACGUGUUUAUAGUUGGAUUGGCGGGCGGCAUCCCUCAUUACACUGACUAUAAAAAACAUGUACGCUUGGGCGAUGUAGCCAUUUCUUCUUUUUCCGAAAAUAACAGGAACUUGCUGGAAACAAUCGAGCAUAAAAUAACAUCCAAACCUUACUGUUAUGUUUAUAGCAAUCAGGGAGAUGUUAAAACGUAUUACCCGGUUGAUGAUGGUCUACAAACAAUUGGAAAGUCACUUCAGCUCAAUGAAGAUGGUAAAAAACCAUGGGAAGUCUAUAUCAAAGAAGGUCUCAUAAAUCUCAGUAACAAAAGUGACAAUGAUUUCAACCGACCUGCUCCAAAUACAGACAAACUGUAUAUGAACAUCGGCAAUAAAGAUGUAAUCGAAGUUGCACAUCCUGUACCGCAAGAUGACGUUGAUGGAAUCCCUCAAACCCGGCUGCAUAUCGGUCCAAUUGGCUCUGGAUUUGAUCUUAUUAAAUCUGAUAAUCUUAGGACACUGUACUCUCAGCAGUACGGUCUAGUAGCAACGGAUGUAGAAAUGAAUUCUGUUCUCGAUAGCGUUGUAGGAAACUGCAGAGACAGUUUUAUCGUAAUAAAAGGUAUUUCUGACUAUAAAGACGGUACAACAUCAAAAAAAUGGCAAAACUAUGCUUCACUUGCGGCUGCUGCAGUUAUGAAAACUAUUAUCUGUGCAAUGGACGCACCCACUAAUGUUUGAAACAAUACAAUGAACAAAAGAGUAAAAAUUUCUAGCCUCAACCUACAGCCGUUUUAAUUCGUGACAUGAAAGUACCAAAAAACUGUUCUAGUUUGUUUUAGCUAAUAAGUGUUUUUUACUUUUUACCAUAAUUUAAUGCGGAUAGCAAACAUUCUUGUGAAAACGAAGAAGACUAUGUAUAGUAUAUUCGAUUUAUAAUUUUUAUUUAUUCUGAAUGGCGUAUAUUUAAUACAAGUCUAUUUCUAAAGAAUCAUAAAUUAUUUUCAAAUGUCAGAGUAAAAUUUCCGAAUCAUCAAGAAAGUUAGGAAAAAAUCCAUUGAAUUCUACUUCACUCAAUAUACUGCUGCUGGAAGCAUGUCUGUCCCAUGAAAAUCGAACUCUAAAUUGUAAAACUGGUUUUGCUAAAAUUGUUUAAAUACGUCGCUGUUGUUUGUUCCUUUUUGAGAAAAUGUUGAAAAACUCAUACCAAUUUUGGAUACAAGUGGGAAACAUUUUACGAGAAAUGUGAUAUAUUCAGUGCGUCCAUAUUUUUAGUGAGACAAAUGGUCUUCAAUUA